UGCUUUGGGGCAAUCUGAGUCCAGUUCUAAGGGGCCUGGCUGCUAAACAGAGAAAUUUCAAGUGUAAACAAUGGCAUCCAAAUCCUUGUUCUCAAUCAUUCCACGUGUGAAGCGAAAGGAGGAAAAAAAGAGAUCAUUCUUGAAGAAUGGAAGCAUGUUACUAGAGGAUCUUAUUGCUUCUUGUGAUGGAAAAUCUCAUCCUAUUCGUUGUUACUCUGCUGCUGAGCUCAUCAGAGCUACCAACAACUUUGAUCCUUCUUGCGUGAUAGAUGGAACACACUUCGACAACAUGUACAGGGGUAUUCUAGAUGACCGAACAGUUAUCAUUAAGCCGCAUUAUAAAGUCGAUUGGGCUAUUCGUGACAUUAUCAUAUCAAUGCAGAUGAGCACCCAUAAAAAUUCCUUGAAAUUAUUAGGCUGCUGCUUAGAAUUCGAUAGACCAGUUUUGGUGCUUGAAAAUGCAGGAAAAGGACUUCUCAACAAUGAUGGGAGUUUAGUAGUGGAUAAUGAAUUAUUACCAUGGAAAACUAGACUGCGUAUUGCAAAGCAGCUUGCUAGUGCACUUACAUACCUACAUACUGCAUUUCCAAGGCCCAUCAUUCAUAGGUGUAUAACAUCCCACUGCAUUCUAUUGGACGAUGACUAUGUUCCCAAACUCUUCGACUUUUCAAUAUCCGUAACCAUUCCUCCUGAUCAAUUGUAUGUUGAAGAUUUCGCAGGAGGGCCAGUGGGGUACAUGGACCCUACUUACAAAAUGUUUGGUAAAAGUUCAGAAAAAACUGAUGUUUAUAGCUUUGGUGUGCUUUUACUUGUAUUCUUGAUGCGACAAGAAGCUAUGGAUAGAAACUCAUUGGAGCAACUUACUGUAGAUCCUAAACCUAAUGUUUCUGAUGGACAGAUUCAAAUAGAGACAAUUGCGGACCCUAAAAUCCUUGAGGAAGUCGGGGGAGAUGAGCAAGCACAACAGCAACUGAAGGAUUUCCUAGCACUGGCUUUGUCGUGCAUCCAACGCAAAAUUGAAGCAAGGCCAGAUAUGAUUGAUGUGGCCAAAGAACUUGUACGAAUUGACAAGUAG